AUGUCUGAUUGGAAUUCGGAUCAAGAAGUUGAUGAAAUUGUAGAGGAGGAAGUUGAUAUUAUAGUGGAGGAGAUCCAAAACAACUACAUUCACCCGGAAAUACCACCUGCUCCAAUAAUCCGAAGAGUUCACAUUAAUAGAGACCGCGAAGAAGGUCACGCUCGACAAAGGCGAGAUGCUACUGGAAGGCUCGGCCUUUCUGCACUUCAAAAAUGUACGUCAGCUAUUCGUAUCAUGGCGUACGGAUUUUCGACAGAUGCGGUGGAUGAAUAUUUACGACUCGCUGAGACAACCACCCACAAAUGCCUUUUACAUUUUGUUGAGGGAGUUAUAAAUCUUUUUGGAGACGAGUAUCUCAGAAGACCUACAACGGAAGACCUCCAACGAUUGAUGAAUAUUGGAGAACAUCGUGGUUUCCCCGGAAUGGUGGGGAGCAUAGAUUGUAUGCAUUGGGAGUGGAAGAAUUGUCUCACUUCAUGGAAAAGACAAUAUUCACGUGGAUCUGGUAAACCGAGUAUCGUACUAGAGGCUGUGGCAUCACAAGAUUUAUGGAUUUGGCAUGUAUUUUUUAGACCACCAGGUUCGUUAAAUGAUAUCAAUGUCUUGGACCGCUCCCCGGUGUUUGAUGAUAUCCUAGAGGGUCGUGCUCCGAGAGUUACAUACGUUGUCAAUGGACGGCAAUACAAAAUAGCAUACUACCUCACUGACGGUAUCUAUCCCAAAUGGGCAACUUUCAUCCAAUCCAUUACACUUCCACGUGGUCGAAAAGCAAGACUCUUUGCUCAAUGGCAAGAAGGAUGUCGUAAAGAUGUAGAGCGAAAAAUAGGGAAAAUAAUGAGAGCAUCUAUCAUCCUCCAUAUCAUGAUAGUGGAAGACAAACGGCAUGACUACAAUUUCUACUAUCCAACGGAAUUCCAUCACGGAGAAGGAAGCGGAUCUUCUCAUGUCGAUUUAUCAUAUUCUACAGAUAUGCCAACAAAUCUACAUAAUAUGAUGGACAUUCGAAAUGAGGUUCAUGAUACAAAAAUGCAUGAUCUUUUGGAAAAAGACUUGAUUGAGCAUAUCUGGCAAAAAUUUGGUGCAACCACACAAUAA